AUGGAACAACUUUGUCUUCAACUCAAUCAACUUGAACAAGAUGCUAAAAAUAAAAAACCAUCAAAGCAAAUUAAAAAAAAAUCUAUUAAUUUUCCAAAUCUAAAAUUUAUUAUUAUUCAUUUUUUAAGCAAAAUUACUACUCCUUCAGCAUUUGCUAAUUAUGAUCAAUUUCAUGCUAAUAUUUCUUCUAAUAUUGAUGUUGAUCCAUUUCAAACAGUCGAUCCAUUUGCUUCUCAAUCUGAUAUAGGUUCAUCAACAGCACCAAAUGUUUGGUUUCAAUCAUCGAACAAUGUUCCUACAACAAAUUAUCCAUUUGGUCCAAAAAUUGAAUCUCCAAACACAAAAAAUACAGCAUCAAAAGCGAAAUCAUCAUCAGUUGAUCCAUGGAGUGGAACAACAACAACAAUAACUAAUAAAAAUGGAAAUAUUUGGACACCAUUUAAUACAACAGAUGAUGAAUCACAAAAUGUUUAUAAUGAAAAUUCUUCUUCUGGUACAAUUCGAUAUCAAGCAUUAGAUGAUUAUAAAUCAGAACGUUCUGAUGAUAUGUCAAUGUCAACUGGUGAUAUAAUGACUGUAAAAAUUUUUUUAGCAUAUGCUGAACGUAUUAUCUUAACACCAUCAUCUACUAAUGAAAAUGUUAAUGAUACAACAUUACAAUUAGCAAUUGGUUGGUUUCCAAGAAAUUAUAUUCGACCAGCUAUUGAAAUUGAAAUACAAAAUAAUAAAAAUUCGACAAAAAAUACACCGACCAGUGAAAAACCAUUGAAUUUCCCAAUAUAUGCUAAUGAUGUAUCAUCAAAUGAUGGUGACGUUGCUAUUUAUCCAUUUGAAGCAACAGAAUCAACUGAUUUAUCAUUUAAUAUUGAUGGACAGGAAAAAUCGCCAUUUCAAGAAACAGCUAUUGCAAUAACAUCAUUUCAUACAAAUGCAGAAGAUCGUUUAUCAUUUGAUCAAGGAUAA